AUGGUCAAAGACUGGAUUAAUAUUCAUAGACCUCUUUUUGGAGCGUUUCUUGAAACGCAUAUUCAAAGUAGUAAUGAAGUUAGAAUCCGAAGUGCUAUUCCGGCAGGGUGGAAGUUUUUUGGGAACUACGAGCACAACAGUUCCGGUCGGAUAGUAGUAAUAUGGGAUCCCUCGGUCUCAGUUUUUAUAUACAAGUCAUCUGCUCAAGCGGUUACUUGUGGAAUUCAUAUUUUGGCGCAAAACAUGAACUUUACCGUCACGUUUGUUUAUGGCUUCAACGAAGUGGGGGAAAGACAGGAGUUGUGGGAAGAAUUAUCGCUAAUACAUGGGAUUCAAGCAAUGGCAGAUGCUCCAUGGUCGGUAGUAGGAGACUUUAACCAGAUUUUGAGGCUCUCUCACCAUUCAGGUUAUCCAUCUAGAGUUAUUGAUGAUGCUGGUAUGGAAGACAUGAACCUUGCCAUCCAGGACGCAGAACUGUUUGAGGCUCAAGCUAAGGGAGCUCCUUUCACUUGGUGGAAUAACAGUGACGCAAACCCUAUAUCGACGAGGAUCGAUCAUGCCCUUAUUAAUCAGAAUUGGGCUACACGAUUUCCAGAUUCUUAUGCGGAAUUCUUGGAGCCUGGGCAAUCGGAUCAUUCUCCUUGCAUCAUCAAAAUUCCCUCUCUCAGGCGCCAAUCAAAAAAGCCCUUCAAGUUCUUCCAUCAUAUCAUCGAUCAUCCAGACUACUCCUCAGUUGUCUCUGCUGCUUGGAACCCAGGGUCUAUCUCAGGUACAGCUCAGUUUAGGCUGGUCAGAACAAUGAAGAUGCUGAAGAAAGACAUGAGGAACCUUAACAAACGACACUUCAGUGGGAUCUCUGAGAGGGUGAAGGAGCAAUCAGGAAAGGUUGGAAGCCUACAACUGGCUCUCCUAACUCGGCCAGACCAAGUGCUGGCAGCUGAAGAACAUAGGAAAAGAGGAAAACUAAAUCUUCUCUUGAAUGCUGAGCAGAAAUUCUACAGACAAAGAUCAAGGGUUAGAUGGGCUGAUGUGGGAGACAGGAAUACAAACUUCUAUCACAACUCAGUCACUCAAAGGAACUCAAGGAAUCAUAUUCAUUAUUUAACAGAUGGACAAGGCAAUUUUCUUGGUGAAAUUUCUGAGAUAAAGUCCCAUGCUGCCUCUUACUUUCAAGGAAUUCUUGGUGAGACUGAACUACCUACCUCUCCUAUUGACGUUGGUCCUCUUAGGGAUCUACUUAUGUUUAGCUGCUCAGACCUUCAGCAUGCCUACUUGAAGAGAGAAGUCCUUGCUGUGGAGAUUAAAGGAACUAUCUUUUCAAUGAAUGGUCGUUUGCUCAAGGAUCUCAAUACAACCACCAUUGUGCUGAUCCCAAAAUCUGCUGAGGCUUGUAGGCUCCAAGAUUAUAGGCCAAUCAGCUGUUGCAACAUCGUUUAUAAGGUGAUCACAAAGAUCUUGGCAAACAGGCUGAAACCGAUCCUGCAGGCCAGCAUUUCCAAGAAUCAAGCGGCUUUUCUCAAAGGCAGGAGUUUGGGUGAAAAUGUUUUACUCGCCUCGGAACUGAUCAGAACUUACAGAUCACCCAACUGCCUGCGAAGCUGUAUGCUGAAGGUGGACAUCAGAAAGGCCUUCGACACUCUCUCUUGGGACUUUGUCUUAAAACUCCUUGUGGCCCAGAAUUUUCCUCCGAUCUUUGUUACCUGGAUAGCUGAGUGUAUAACUUCGCCUCGAUUCUCUGUGGCUAUAAACGGGGAGCUUGCUGGUUUCUUCCCCGGAAAGAAAGGUUUGCGACAGGGUGACUCAAUCUCUCCAUACCUCUUCAUCCUUGCCAUGGAGGCCCUGUCCAGACUACUAGAAAAAGCUGUCGAUGAUGGAGAUAUCCGCCUGCACCCCAAGUGUCACGAUCCAAGGAUUACACAUUUGUUGUUCGCUGAUGAUCUCUUGGUAUUCUCAGAUGGGUCAAGACACUCAAUUUCAGGUAUUAAAAAGGUUAUUUCUGUCUUCAAAGAAUGGACAGGCCUCGACAUGAACGCAGAAAAAUCUGAAAUAUUCUUCGGUGGUUAUUCUCAUAUUGAAGCUUCUGUGAUCAGUGAUAUCUCGGGUUUUAAGAUUGGGACCUUUCCUACUAGGUACUUAGGUCUCCCUUUGAAUCCGAGUAGGAUCAGCUAUGCCACCUUGCAGCCGUUUCUGGAACGAAUCACCUCUAAAAUGCAUUCUUGGACUGCUAAGAGUCUGUCUUAUGCAGGGAAAAUCCAACUGGUUGCCUCUGUUGUGUAUGGGAUGGUAAACUUCUGGAGCUCCGUAUUUGCUUUGCCUAAGAGAUUCUAUGAGAAAGUGGAUUCCCUAUGCUCAGCAUUCUUGUGGAAUAAUAGCACGACUUCUGCUGCUGGAGCUAGAGUAAGUUGGGCUAGUAUUUGUAAACCAAAGAAGGAGGGAGGACUUGGGCUGAGAAGGCUGGAGGAAUUUCAAAAAGUUUUCGACCUGAAAAGGGUUUGGAAUUUUUUCUCUGAUGCUGGAUCAUUGUGGGUUGCUUGGCUUAAAGCCAACGUCUUUCAUAACCACUGUUAUUGGUCUAUAUCUGAUUCACAGAGAGUUUCUCCAACAGUGAGGAGUAUGAUCAAGAUGAGAGAAACCGUAACUGAAUUUCUGAGAUGCAGUGUCGGGGAUGGAAGAGUUGCAAGCUUCUGGUAUGAUUUCUGGACAGAUCUAGGACCUCUGAUCUUGGCUUUGGGGAGCAGGGGGCCUCGGGACCUGAGGUUACAUCUGGAGUCUACGGUUUUCGCAGCCACUUUCAAUGGUGCUUGGUCUCUCCCGCCGGCGAGGUCUGAAGAGGCAGAGACUCUGCAGAUUGUUCUCUCUACCAUGUCUCCUCCGCAUGCUACUCAAGGACCAGACAAGUUCUUAUGGCGUAAUGGGACAGAUCAUUAUGUUCCUAAGUUUUCCUCUAAAGCAACGUGGCACCGUAUCAGAGAGGUUGCACCAGAGGUCCCUUGGUUCGAGUUGGUAUGGUUUAAGGAAGAGAUUCCUAGAUGCUCCUUUGUUGUGUGGAUGGCUAUUCUCUCUAGACUUCCUACCAGAGACAGACUGGCUUCUUGGGGCAUGGUAGUGUCUACGGCUUGCGUCCUCUGUUCUUCGGGACAGGAGUCUCACCAGCAUUUAUUCUUCUUGUGCCCUUUUGUCUCUGCUAUUUGGGCUCACUUUUCAGGAAGUUAUUGGCAAGCUGCUCCAUCAUCAAUGAUCGAUGUGGCGGAGCUCCUUUCUCUGAACCAGGUUGCUGUCUCUCCAAGACUACAGGUGGUGAUUAAAUUGUUGAUGCAGACUGUUGUCUACUGCACAUGGCGAGAGAGAAACUCCCGCAUCUUCAAGCACGUUGCCUCCACGGAAGCAGGAGUCAUUGCGCGAGUUGACAGACUCAUCCGGGAUCGUUUGCUUUCCAUUGCUCCCUCAAGUCCGCAAGAUCCGUCGCUUCUGUCCAUCUUCUUCUCCCUCACCUUCCGGCCUCCAUGA